AUGAGUAUUUUGAUGGAUGGGGCCCUUCCUGGACGACACGGCGGGAGUUCGGCUGGAGGACAAGAAGCGCUUUGGGAGGAAGCUGGCGAAGGCGAUGAAGAGCUCCCCUCUGGUGACGUCGAGGCUGUCCGCGAGCUGGUAGAGGAGGCCACCACGAAGGGCUUCCGCUCCGCCACCAUCGACGAGGCAGCGAACGAUGUCGCCAAACAGGACCAGCAAAAGAAGGUCUUCGCCUUCUUUCGGAGCCUUCCCUGUGCCGUCGUCGACCACGUCACGAGCACUUCGCUGGAUAUUGCGGAACGUUCUACAGUACAGCACCUCGCCCAUCAUAUGCUACAUUGA